AAGUAUGUAAAGAAUUCUGUACGCUAAGAAUUCUUUGACUUUUCCAGGGAUGUCAAAUCCAUACAAAUGGAACAGUUGAGUCUGGCAUUGAUUAUAUUCACCAAUAUCACCCUAAAUGAAUGUUAGUAAAAGACAUUAAAUCGAAUGUACCUUUUCUAAAGCUAUUCGGGCAUGAAUUUCAUAAACCAAUACGGAAAAAUCAUUUUGAAUCCUUUGGACAGUUAGAUCUUGUCUGAGACUUUUGAAUUGGUCACAGAUAUACGCGUAGUUUUUCUCUUCUUUCCAUUUCUUUUUCAGCAACUCCAGCGUUUGUUUUAGUAUCGGAAGCGGUCGAAUGGUAUUAGGGUCAGGAUCUGAGGUUAAACGGAGGUAUCUUUUUUCCAAAUUAGUGGAUCUUCCAACAAUUGCACCGUCGUUAACAGACUUCUCAGGUUCCACUGGAGUUGAUGGGGUAGAUGAGCGCUCAUCUGCAAGAAACCUACGUUUUCUCUUCUCUUUUUUUGCUCGUUCUGUUUGAUCGCCAGAGAAAGAAACAUUACUUGAUUGAUCCAGCUUACGUUUCUUGUCGUCCUGCAUCUGAUCCUGAAUUGCAGUUAAUUUUCGUAAAGCAUCCAAGUUCAUAGUCGACCAAUCUAUAUUCCAUAUAUUUCCAUUUUCAUAUUGACGAGAAAUCAAGACCUUAACUUCGUCCUGCAACCCAACAUGAUUGUUUUCUUCAGCAUCUUGGAUACAUUUACCUAUAAACUCUUUCAACGAGUCAGGCCACGGAUUACUUUCCGUAUCCUUUUGCAUGCUUAAUGGAUUCAGGCAUAAAAUAAUAUUAUGACCUUCCUUAACUGGAAACUGCAAAGAAGCAAAGGUGCUGGGGAUAUACGUACGUAGCUUUGGUACACGCUAAACGUUCAAACGAGCAGAUCAAAAACUUUUUGACGGACAAUUUUAAUUGAAUUUUAUUUCAGCUAAAAUAUGAAUUAAUAAACAAAAUUAUUGAACAGUGAAGAUCAUGAAUUUAUUCGUUUUACUAUCCCAGAUGGCAAAAACAAAUUAUUAGGGUAUCGCUACGCGAAUGUUGGUAAAGUGAUUGAAACUUGUUUUGACUAAAAGUAAGGUAAACACGAGAAGGUUUGUUUUAUCUGGUUAAAAAGGAAAAAACGAUAAAGGUGCGAGUUGAAAAAGGCAUUGACCUCUUCUAGCAAUCCCUAGAUCUCUCUACUGUCAAGAAAAAAGGUACCUUUAAUGGAAAGACAACAGGUGAUCGAUAGCUUUCGAAAACUACUUCCUGAAGAAGAGGAAUACAAUGAUAGACUUUUGAGCCUAGCGGAAUCGUUUUUAGCCUGGUCGAGAUCCAAAGUUGUGUUGAAAGCAACAGAGGAGCCUUGUAGACCCUACAUGGCGGCACAUUUAGCAUGUGAGGUUAUGAAAGGAAGACUCGAUUUAGAAGUCCAUGUUACUGCAACCCCAAUUCCUAAAAAGAAAUACGAAAAGCAGUUUACGUAUUUUCAAGAAGAACUGCGUCCUUUGACAAAAGAUUUGUAUGCUCAGCAUGAUAUAAUGAACGAUGUUCCAUUCUUAUGUACAAGGAUGGGCAGUCUUUCAGCAAUUCCUUACGUGAAGGAGUUGGUGAAAACAACUUUGGUGGAGAACAUGAGAAUAGAACAUAUGAAGGGUGUACUAAUAGCCGCAUAUCUAAUUGUAUCUGCUAAAAUGAGCGGAAAAGACGAGUUGCGCGUCAACCAUGCUGAAAGGAAAGCGGCUCAAGUGAUUCUUCAGGACACAAAUUCUAUAUCACAAAUUCAAUAUUGGAUGCAGUUGUUGUCUGAGUCCCUAGUGUUUCAUCAAAUGCCAUUGAAUGCUAUGGAAGGUUAUGAAGUCCAAAAGCAGCGGACAAAGCCAUGGAGUGGAAUUGCGAGUAUGGUUCAAAUCAAUUAUGAAAAGAGGCUUAAAAGUUAUCCAUCAUGGAAAGCUAGUAUCUACGAACAGUUAGAGCAAUUGAGCCAGCCAAGUAUUGAGAAAUGACAACUAACCAGAUUUAUAACACGCUGUUGAUACGACAUAUAAAACAAGAAAACUGGGAAAAUUAGAGUAUAUGUGUUUAUGAAUUAAAUUUAUUUUUUUCUAUAA